CCCGCGCGGCGGCCGCAGUCACCGCAGCGCUGCGAGCCGGUCCGGGCUGCUGCACGCCACCGGCGGGCCCGGCCGAGAGCGACACCGCUAACCCAGCCCGCUGCCAGCCGGUCCGAGCCGCCGCCGCCGCGCCACCGGCGGGCCCGGCCGAGAGCGACACCGCUAACCCAGCCCGCUGCCAGCCGGUCCGGGCUGCUGCACGCCACCGGCGGGCCCGGCCGAGAGCGACACCGCUAACCCAGCCGAGCCGGAGCGCUCCUGCCUGUCCGCCGUGCUCCGUCUCAGCCGGUACUGCGGGCGGCUGCGGCCCGCCCCGCCGCCACCACCGCUACCGCCACCACCGCAGCCUCUUCAGGAUGUCGGUCCCGGAGUCCGCCGGCGGCGAGGAGGUGAAGCAGGCCAAGGAGGUGGAGGACGCCGAGAAAUAUUCCUUCAUGGCCACCGUCACCAAGGCCCCUAAGAAGCAAAUCCAGUUUGCAGAUGACAUGCAGGAGUUCACCAAGUUCCCAACCAAGACCGGCCGCAGGUCCCUGUCCCGCUCCAUCUCCCAGUCCUCCACUGACAGCUACAGCUCUGCUGCCUCCUACACGGACAGCUCUGACGAUGAGGUGUCCCCCCGGGAGAAGCAGCAGAGCAACUCCAAGGGCAGCAGCAACUUCUGCGUGAAGAACAUCAAGCAGGCGGAGUUCGGGCGCCGGGAGAUCGAGAUCGCCGAGCAGGAUAUGUCUGCCCUCAUCUCGCUCAGGAAACGAGCCCAGGGGGAGAAGCCUUUGGCCGGAGCCAGGAUCGUGGGCUGCACCCACAUCACGGCCCAGACCGCGGUGCUGAUCGAGACGCUGUGCGCGCUGGGGGCGCAGUGCCGCUGGUCUGCCUGCAACAUCUACUCCACCCAGAACGAAGUGGCAGCUGCCCUGGCAGAGGCUGGCGUGGCUGUGUUUGCCUGGAAGGGGGAGUCAGAGGACGACUUCUGGUGGUGCAUCGAUCGCUGUGUGAACAUGGACGGCUGGCAGGCCAACAUGAUCCUGGACGAUGGGGGGGACCUGACCCACUGGGUCUACAAGAAGUACCCCAGCGUCUUCAAGAAGAUCCGCGGCAUCGUGGAGGAGAGCGUCACCGGCGUGCACAGGCUGUACCAGCUGUCCAAGGCUGGCAAGCUCUGUGUGCCAGCCAUGAACGUCAACGACUCUGUCACCAAGCAGAAGUUCGACAACCUGUACUGCUGCAGGGAGUCCAUCCUGGAUGGCCUGAAGAGGACCACGGAUGUGAUGUUUGGAGGGAAGCAGGUGGUGGUUUGUGGUUAUGGGGAGGUGGGCAAAGGCUGCUGUGCUGCGCUGAAGGCCCUGGGAGCCAUCGUCUACGUCACCGAGAUCGACCCCAUCUGUGCCCUGCAGGCUUGCAUGGAUGGGUUCCGGGUGGUGAAGCUGAGCGAAGUGAUCCGGCAGGUGGAUGUGGUCAUCACCUGCACAGGGAACAAGAACGUGGUGACCAGGGAGCACCUGGACAGGAUGAAGAACAGCUGCAUCGUGUGCAACAUGGGCCACUCCAACACUGAGAUCGAUGUGACCAGCCUGCGCACGCCGGAGCUGACCUGGGAGCGAGUCCGUUCCCAGGUGGACCACAUCAUCUGGCCAGAUGGGAAGAGAGUGGUGCUGCUGGCUGAGGGUCGUCUGCUCAACCUGAGCUGCUCCACAGUUCCUACCUUUGUCCUCUCCAUCACAGCCACCACUCAGGCCCUGGCUCUGAUCGAGCUGUACAACGCCCCCGAGGGCCGCUACAAGCAGGACGUGUACCUGCUGCCCAAGAAGAUGGAUGAGUACGUUGCCAGCCUGCAUCUGCCUUCCUUCGACGCCCACCUGACGGAGCUGACAGACGACCAGGCCAAGUACCUGGGGCUCAACAAGAACGGACCCUUCAAACCCAACUACUACAGGUACUGACGGGCCACACCCUCCAGGACCGGGCCACACCCUCCAGGACCGGGCCACACCCUCCAGGACCAGGCCACACCCUCCAGGACCGGGCCGCAGGGGGCAGCGUUCGAGGGUCCUGUCUGGGAUGGUUUUGCUUGGGGUUCCCUCUGGGCUCUGCUCCGUUUGGCUCCCCCCAGCCCCGGCAGCUCUCUGACAUUCACUGCUGUGACUUUCAGUCUCCUUCCCCUCUCUGUGCCCCCUCCUGCGGUCGCCUCCCCCGGGCCCGGCAGACGCCCUGGGGUUGGCUGCUUGCUCUCGGCCGGCUGCAGCCGCCGGUGGCUCCGGCAGGGCUCUCCCUCUCCCGGGGUGCCAAAGGCGCUUCCCUCCCGCCGGUCCCUGCCGAGCUGCUGCUGCGAGACCUUCCCCUGCCCUCGCCUGGACUCUCUGCACCUCCCAAGCUGCCUUAAGAGCCCAGCUCCAGCUGCCAGAGCACCGCUCCGGCGCCGCCGGGCACAAGCGGCUCCUGCCCCCCGCCGAGUGGGUGACUGUGCCCGGGCCGGGCCGGGCACCCUGGCGCUGCGGUGGCCCGAGUGUGGUGGCCCCCGGGCCGGGCUGGUGGCCAGCUGGGCACGGGGAGGGGGUUCACUGUUUCAGGGUGCUGAGUCGGGGCGGGGGUCGCUUGCCCAGCGCUGUCCUCAUCUCUCCUGGGUUGGGUUUGUGUUCUCUUGGCCAAACUGCACCUUAGCUGCGUCCAGCCCACCCCUGGGCCUGCUCUGCCUGCUUGCCUUGGGGCUCUGCUUCUCCACUUUGCUCUUUUAUCAUCCUUAAAGAGAUGUUUUAACGAGGGGGGAGGAGGGGCAGGGUGGGGGCUGUGGCUGCCUGCCCAGCCUGGCGCUCCCCGUGCCCGAGCUGCUGCCUCCCCCCCGCCUGCCCCCGACGCCUGGCGUGGGUCAGAGGAGACCUCCUGGGGGACGUUUCGCUUUGUGACCCUUCCCUGCACCCGGCCUGGGCCCUCUGCCUGCCCCAGAGCCCUGUGCAAAGCCCUCAGCUCCCUGCUGCUGCCGCAGCCUGCAGCUGAGGCUCCCUCAGCCCUUCCCUGCCCUCUGGCAGCGUUUCAGCCUCUCUCACCGCCUCCUUCAGCCCCCUCCUCAUCCUCGCUGGUGAUGUGGUUCUCUUGCCCAUCUCUUGCAGCUUGACCCAGUGAGGUUUCUCUUGGCUUUUUUUUUCACCCUCCCCAAAUUGCCUCUUUCUUCCCCCAGCAAAGGCCAGAGCAAGGGAGGGAGAACCUCCUGCUGUAUCUCCUGGUGCCCAGGUGCUGGAGGUGUUGUGGCACCAGGCCAGGGCUGCUCCUUCGCCUGCAGCCAGCCCCUCCCGCAGCCUGGGCCCUGCCUUUCCAGUGCCACUCGGGCAGGUCCCUCCCUGGGCUCUGCAGGGCUGAGGGGAGCUGCUGCGGCCCCGCGGGUGCAAAGCUCCCUCAGGGGGACAGGAGGAAGCUGGGAGGGACACCUGUGGCUUUGAUCCCCUUCCUCUUCCACCUCCCUCUCCUCUGACCAUUCCUCCUGCUCCCCCUGCCCAGGCUCCUCCUGGACUGGCUCUGAGUCUUGCUCUCUCCACAGAUUUUGGGGACCACUUUGCCUCCUGGGGUCCCCUCCAGCAGCCCUCCAGCUGCGUGCCUGGCCCAGGGGCCAGGGUGGGUGUCUGCAGGAAGGGAGGGAGCAGAGAGAGCAUCUCCCUUCCCCAGGAGGGGACCCAGGCUGGGACCCCUGAGCUUCUGGGCGUCCCAGGCCCCCCCUUUCCCAUCCCCUUUAGGCGUAAGGGCUCUGUCUCUGUAAGCCAUGAGGGGCUGGGGGGGAGCCCCGGGGGGGGUGGUGGCAGGGAGAGGUUUAUUUUGUAUAUGAAUGGUUUUUAAUGACUGCAAUAUUAACCCUCGCAGAUGAGCAAUAAAUCAUUAACGGCUAAUUAAAGGAUCAGGGCAAAAAGGA